AGCACUCUUCAAACAAGAUGGAAAGCAAACUCAGGAAAUUUGAAUAUCGAAAAAGUGGAAUACCAUCAUUUUUUAAGAACAAUGUUUCUACUAAUCAUAACUUGAACGAAUCGGUUAAUAACAACAUCAGCAACUUGUCUGAAGCAACCAACAAUAAUAACACCACUGUUGAUAGUAUAGACUUAAUCGUAUCAGACACCAGUAAUAACCGUGAGUCGAAACGAGAAACUAUCAUUAUUAGUGAUUUUUCAGAAAUAGCCACCAAUAACAAUGAUGACAUAUCUGAAACAACUACGAAUAAAAUUGAUGAAGAGGAAGAAUCAAAAGAAAAAGCAGCAUCAGGACUUGUUGAAGUUCUCAUAAAAAUUUUCACGGAAUCAAAUCAUCGAUACGAAAACGACGAGAUGAUAUUAAAGCGAGUGAAACAACGAAUAGAAGAAGAUGAAGAAUGCAACGACCCAACGUUGAUAUUUAAAGUCACAUACAAGAAAAGAUUCCUAAAUGGAUAUACAUCAUUUCUUGCUUUUCUGUAUCAUUGGGGACUAGGAACAGAGAUCGACGAACGCGAAAUGUUCUUUUGGUAUCAUAUUGCGGCUGAGAAAAAUGCGUUAGCGGCAAAUCAGGUUGGCUGGUGUUAUUAUGCUGCGAUUGGAACGGAAAAAGAUUAUGAGUUGGCCUUUUAUUGGUUUAAGAGAUCUGCUGAUGCUGGUUAUGCUGGUGGUCAAGCAUCCGGCGGAAAUGCAGACGCGCAGAAUCAACUCGGGAAAAUGUACCAACUCGGUGAGGUAUGCGAGAAGGAUGACGUUCUCGCGUUUGAAUGGUUCACGAAAAGUGCCAAUGCCGGGUUUCCCGAGGCUCAAUUGAAUCUCGGGUACUGCUACAGCUGUGGAAACGGGACUUCGCGCAACGGAAAACUUGCUUUUCAGUGGUUCAAAAAGUCAGCGGAAAAUGGGAAUUCGGAAGCACAAAAUGUAUUGGGGUAUUGUUAUCAGAUGGGGUUUGAUGUGAAGAUGAACUUACAAACAGCUUUUUUCUGGUAUCAGGAAGCUGCAUCACAGUUUAAUGCUAACGGAUGUUUUAACGAGGCUUGUUGUUGGAAUCAUGGGACUGGAACUGUUAAGAAUUUGUUUCGUGCAAUUAAAGGAUAUCGAAAUUCUAUGGAAUAUGGAAAUUCUGACGCGUUAAAAGCUAUUAGUGUUAUUUUUCGAAAAUAG